CGCCCUCCGACAUGAGGUUUUCUUUUUUUUUUUCAUUUAUUACCUUUUGACAGCAAAUAAACGACGCGGCACGUUAACGAACAUGCUGCUGGGUCACUAAAUCACCGACACUGGCUUCUGUCGGACGGAUUCCGCGGAUAUCGGACACUGGGGAAAUCAUUAAACCACCGACAUGGAUCCUGAUGCAGCCCGGAGAUUGAUGAGGCGUGGAGACCAGUCGGUGUAACGGGAAGUCAUGUUUGACGGGAGGAGUGUAUUUCACAACAGGAGGUUCCCCGUGCUAAAAUCGUGAAGAGGCAAAGUUCACAGUCAGAUCGAGGCCGGUUCAUCUGCCACAAUGCCCGGGAUGGUGGUGUUCGGUCGGCGCUGGGGGAUAGCCAGUGACGACCUGGUGUUCCCCGGAUUCGUCGAGCUGUUCUUCCGCGUCCUCUGGUGGAUUGGCACCAUGAUCCUGUUCACUUACCACAAGGGACACUUUGACUGUAACGGGAGAGGAGUUCUUCACACGUUUCUGGUUGGACAGUUGGUGGUGUUGGCCCUCAUCAUCCUCUCUCUCUGUGCCAUCAUCUAUGUCAGUGCCCAAGGAACCAUCACCAACCCGGGCCCUCGGCGCUCCAUGCCCGUCUUGGUGUACCUGCGGGCCGUUCUGUACCUUCCCGAGCUGGCGUGGGCCUGCAUGGGGGCCGUGUGGGUGUCCGACGACAGCCGGGGCUGCGAUCCCGCCACAGUGGGCUCCGUCAUAGCAGCAGUGGUCGCAAGCUGGUUCAUCCUGCUGUUCACCGCGCUGGGCGUGCUCUUCGUCUUCGACCCGCUGGGCAACCCCCGUCCCCAGCCGGCGGCCGCCGAGCCGCUGGGCGUCCGCCACAUGGAGAGCAGCGAGGGCACCCAGUUCCUGUCCACCGCCCGCUCACUGGCGGUCAAAGUGUGGGAGAGCCGGCUGCGGCUGCUGUGCUGCUGCCUGCCGCAGGACGAGAACCAGAGAGCCGCCUUCUCCAGCAUCGCACAGCUCUUCACCGGAUUCUUCUCCGACACCGACCUGGUUCCCAGCGACAUUGCAGCCGGAUUGGCUCUCCUGCACCAGGAGCACGACAAGAUGGAGCGGAGCAGAGACCCCGACAUGGUGGUCCCGCACAGCCCUUCCUCUCCGGUGGGUGAAGACUUGGAGACGGAGCUGGAGAAAGCCGCUCACUGCAUGCAGUUUGCCGCGGCAGCUUACGGCUGGCCGCUCUACAUCUACUCCAACCUCCUGACCGGGCCCUGCAAGCUCAGCAGAGACUGCUGUGGGAGUCGAGGGGCCGAGUACGAGAUCGUGGGAGGAGACCACCUGGGCUGCCACUUCUCCUCCAUCCUGCAGAGCACAGGCCUGCAGUACCGAGACUUCAUCCACGUCAGCUUCCACAACCAGAUCUACGAGAUCCCCUUCUACGUGGCUCUGGAUCAUAAGAGAGAGGCUGUUCUGGUGGCCGUCAGAGGAACGCUGUCACUGAAGGACGUCCUGACAGACCUGUCUGCUGAGUGUGAGAACCUCCCCAUCGAGGGAGUAUCCGGCGCCUGCUACGCCCACAAGGGAAUUUGCCAGGCGGCGGGCUACAUCUACAAGAAGCUGGUGAACGACGGCAUCCUGAACCAGGCCUUCUCCAUUGCGCCGGAGUACAAGCUGGUCAUCACCGGUCACAGUCUGGGAGCUGGCACCGCUUCAGUGCUCGCCGUCCUCCUGAGGAACUCCUUCCCCACCCUGCAGUGCUACUCCUUCUCUCCACCAGGGGGCCUCCUGAGUAAAGCCUUGGCCGAUUACUCCAAAGACUUUGUGGUGUCGGUGGUUCUGGGGAAGGAUCUGGUUCCCAGACUGAGCAUUCCCAACAUGGAGGACCUGAAGAGACGGAUCCUUAAAAUUGUGUCAAACUGCAAUAAACCCAAAUACCGCAUCCUCCUGCAGGGCUGCUGGUACGAGCUGUUCGGAGGAGACCCCGACGACUUCCCCACCGAGAUGGACAACCGGAGGGAGGAGGAGCUCAGCCAGCCGCUGCUCGGCGAGGAGUCGCUCCUGGUCCGCCACUCCUCGUCCUACCACAGCCUGGCGUCCGACGACUCGCCCGCGCACGCCGCCACGCACCUGCCGCUCUUCCUGCCCGGGCGCAUCCUGCACAUCACGGAGGACGGGCCGUCGCGGAGAUCCUGCUUCUCCACCGUGCGGUACCGCGCGGACUGGUCGAACGAGAUGAACUUCCGGAGCAUCCUCAUCAGCCCGCGGAUGCUCACCGAUCACAUGCCCGACGUGCUGCUGCGAGCGCUCAACAGCCUGACCUGCGAGCGGCCGUACUCCCUCUGCCCCUCGCACACCAGCGGCAGCCAUCAGCAGAACGUCUGAGCGCCGCUUCCAGCGGCCUCCACAUCUGAUUGUACUCAUAAUCCACAGAAACUCACCUGCCGAGUGAGCAAAAAAAACAAAAAAACAAGCGUCUUUGUCAUUGCACUUUCCGUUAUUUAUUUCAACUUUUAAUGCCAUGAUCUCUUAUGAAUGUGCGUUGUGUACAAUAUCUUCCAGUUGUACCGUGAUGUCAGUGUUUUUUCCCCUCCCGUCGUUUGUGUUUUGUGCGCGCGGUGAAACCGCCACCCUCCUCUCGUCUUCCUCCAGGACGUCCGAAUGGAAGAAAUGCACCCUCGGCUGGCUUUAACCCGUCUUGUGUCGACCGUCUGGAGACUUCAGGGUGAACAGUGCCUAUGCAUCAAAAUAAAAAAAAAAAAAGGACUGAGUGGGGUGUGUUUACACAAGCUGGAAUAAUGCAUGUGUUUGGUGUAAACAUAACCUUUAUGAGGACGAUUGUACAUUUCUGUGAGGGGAAAAAAGUUUACUUGCCAUGGAUAUUACAUUUUUUUUCAAUAUGUGUAAUAUGAAAGUUUGAAUCAGUUGAUGAUUACAGCAUCAGAAUGUUACAUGCAAUUAAAAGCAUUUGUGAAGCACAA